GGGUAUGAGUGGAAGAAUCAGAGUGCUUUCUUUGAAAAUUGGCUUGACGUGACUCUUCAAGGAUCAUCUAGAGGAAAAAUACAAGUAUCUCUUCAAACAAGUCGCUGAACCCACAGAUUUAUGUGACCAACGAAGCCUGAGUCUUUUGCUUUACGAUGCAGUCCAGAUCCCUUGGCAGCUGGGUGAGGUAGCUUCAUUUGGAGGCUGCAACAUUGAACCAAGUAUCCGCAGUUGCUUCCAACAUGGCCAGAACAAACCAGAGAUUGAUGUUGAACGCUUUGUCGAGUGGAUGAGAUUGGAGCCUCAGUCCAUGGUGUGGCUGCCUGUUCGACACCGUGUGGCAGCUGCUGAAACUGCAAAACAUCAGGCUAAGUGUAACAUCUGCAAAGAGUACCCAAUCGUAGGUUUCAGGUACCGCAGUCUCAAGCACUUCAAUUCUGACAUCUGCCAAAGCUGUUUCUUUUCGGGGCGCACAUCAAAGGGACACAAGUUACAUUGCCCCAUGGUGGAGUACUGCACUCCGGUGUUACAUUCAGAAGGGUACCAUGCUGCAAUUCGAGCCUGCAGUUUCCAGAGUAAUCCCAAUGUGGAAGAUUUUAAAAAGGGUUGGAGUCGAAGAAUCAGAGUGCUUUCUUUGAAAAUUGUCUUGAUGUGUCCAUCCAAGCGUCAACUGGAGGAAAAAUACAAGUGUCAGUACUAAAUCUAUCAUUGCUGAUACACUUGUAAACUGUAGGUUUAACUGGAGGUAAACUUUGUUUAAUAAACUAGCACACUCAAUAAACUGACAAAAAUUACAUACCAGAUGUUUACUGUCUUCUCAUAAUCUCUGUGAUGUCUGGUGAGGGUGCAAGUGAGAAGGCUCUCUGCCAGUAAGUUUUAGUUCACGCAAAGUUGCAUCAUUACUGAAGUUAUUUAUGCUGUAAAUGAAGGAGAACAGUGAUGUGUAUAUCCUGUGCAUUAUGUUCCUAUUAUCGAGUGUGUGUUUUUUGUGUGUGUGGACCUAUUGAUCAACUGGAAUUUUUGAUUAUUCAGCACAUUCCUGGGACCACA